CCAGUAAUUAAAAUGGAACCGGAGUGAACUGCACGCACAAGCGCUGUCGUCAGCUCCUCCUCCCUCUGUCCCCUUGUCGGCGCCCCAGCCAGAUCCCUCCCCCUCGCCGUCGUUUCCCAAUCCACGCCUUGCUCCGCCAGAUCCGCUCGAAUGCUGGGUCGCGGGUUGGGGAUGUCGGCGCCGCAGUGGCGCGGAGGCGCGCUCGACCUGCGCUCGGCGCUGCGGUCGGGCGGCAACCUCCUCUUCGGCCUCUUCGUGGCCGCCGUCCUCGCCUUCACGCUCCUCGCCGCCGUCCACAGCCCCGAAGACCCGCUGCUGCACCCUUCCUCCCACCAGCUCACCGACUUCCUCACCUCCGCCACCUCCAACUCCACCUUCCUCGCCGACGACUCCGUGCUCCGCACCGGGGAGGACUUCGCUACCGCCUCCAACUCUUCCGAGGCCGCCUCGUCCACCGUCGUCGCCGAGGCGCUCCCGUUCAUCAAGCUGUCGGACGUCGGCUCCGAGAAUACGGAGGCGGGGACGGAGAAGUCCGUCACCGUCGACACCGACACCGACGGCAACUCGGCCGCGGCCGCCGCCGCCGAGGAGGACAAGCAUAUCGUCGAGGCGGUCUCCUGCGACACCGAGGCGCCAGUGGACUGCACGGGGAAUAGGGAUCUCUUCAACCUGCUCAUGCGUACGGCGAUCGAGAAGUUCCCCGACCUCCACUUCUAUCGCUUCGGCCGCCCCGUCGUCGUGCCGGAGAGCCCCAUGGCGUGCGACCUCGCCUGGCGCUUCCGCCCGGCCGAAGACGCCAAGGGGCGCACCACCUACUACAAGGACUACCGCCGGUUCGCGCUCACCCGCGACGUCAACACAUGCUCCCUCGUGGUGGAAAGCGUGGGCGAGUACCACUCCGGCACCGGCGCCAAGCGUAGCGGAAAACGCAAGGGCAAGAAGGGGAAGAAGGGAAAGCGUGAGGCGCCAGUGACGACCACCACGGACUUUGUGCCCGUCAAGACACAGAUGAGGCUCGACGAGAAUGCUGCCAAUGCAGACACCACCACUGCUGCAGAGCAGGUGUUUGUUGUAGGUGAGGCCGUCAAUGACAGCAUGCCGGUCGUCGCUUCUGAGUCUGAUUUCAGCCGUGGAAGGUACCUCAUCUACAUGGGUGGUGGCGAGAGGUGCAAGAGCAUGAACCAUUACAUUUGGGGAUUCUUGUGCGCGCUAGGUGAGGCGCAGUUCUUGAACCGGACGCUUGUUAUGGACUUUAGCGUCUGCCUCAGUUCACGGUAUACUGCCAGUGGCAAGGAUGAAGAAAAAGAUUUCAGGCUUUACUUUGAUUUCGAGCACUUGAAGGAAUCUGCAUCUGUGAUCGAUCAGAGUCAAUUCUGGACUGAUUGGGGGAAAUGGCACAAGAAGGAUCGGCUCAAGAAUCACUAUACUGAAGACAUUAAGGUGACCCCGAUGAAACUUCGUGAUGUGAAGGACACGUUGGUUAUGAGGAAGUUUGGAAAUGUUGAGCCAGAUAACUACUGGUCGCGUGUGUGCGAGGGUGAGACGGAGGCCAUGAUCAAGCGGCCGUGGCAUUUGUUGUGGAAAUCGCGUCGGUUGAUGGAGAUUGUGUCUGCCAUUGCCUCUCGAAUGAGUUGGGAUUUUGAUUCGAUGCACAUUGUGAGAGGAGAGAAGGCCCAAAACACACAGCUGUGGCCAAACCUUGAUGCAGACACCUCACCGGAAAAUCUCCUUGUGACACUCAAUGAUAAGGUUGGUGCUGGCCGGUAUUUGUACAUUGCCACCGAUGAGGCUGAUAAAUCAUUCUUCGACCCACUCAACAGCAAGUACCAAACACGCUUCCUGGAUGAUUUCAAGGAUCUGUGGGAUGAAAACAGUGAAUGGUAUGCUGAAACGAAGGAGCUAAACAAUGGCAAUCCAGUGGAAUUCGAUGGGUACAUGAGGGUUGCAGUCGACACAGAGGUGUUCCUCAGGGGGAAGAGGAAGUUGGAGACAUUCAACGACCUUACACGUGAUUGCAAGGAUGGUGUCAAUACAUGCGCAGCUUCCUCCUGAAUACCUGGUGAAGUAAGGUGAGAUGAGUAUCAAUUCUUCCUCAUGAUGGAGUGUUUUUUAACUCAGCAUUUAUUGCUGUCUUUUGAGAGCAUGUGGCUUUGUUGUAGCUAGCUAGUUCGUAUCAGUGUUUUGUUGUAACACUAUUGUUGAUUUCGUGCGCCCAGAUUACACUAGUUUGUUGAAUUCAUGCACAAUGAACUUGUACCAAUUGCUAAGUUCUGCUUCUGUUGCAUUGUUGCAGCUGUAUUUUCUAUC